AUGUCUAUAAAGACUUUAAAGUCGGGGUUCUCUGUUCGUGAUAUUUUGGACCUCCCGGACACGAAUGAUGAGGGAUCGGUGACUGAAGACACUGAAGAUGAGGAUGAAGAACUGAACCACAGUCUUCCUGGAAAUAAGCAGCGCGCAUCCUCCAGAGAUGCGUUUUGGCCCGGACCUGCAUCUGCAUGUGACCAUCAACAUCCAUCACCACCAGCAGCAGCAUCUCCAGACAAUUUAACACCGGGGCUGUCCACGGAUGAGUCUCAAGAUCGAGACAGACAGAGGUCAGAGGACUCUGAGGCCACGGGGAAGAAGCGCAAAAGGAGGAUCCUGUUUUCAAAGGCUCAGACGAUUGAAUUGGAGAGACGCUUUAGGCAACAAAGAUACUUAUCAGCCCCCGAGAGAGAACAUCUCGCUAGGGUGUUACGUUUGACCCCAACACAGGUGAAGAUAUGGUUCCAGAACCAUCGGUAUAAAGUCAAAAGGGCCCGGUCCGAGAAAGGAAUGGAGCCGGAAUUUCUGGUCUGUCCAAGGCGUGUGUCUAUUCCCGUUCUAGUGUGGGAAAGCAGACCAGUAUUCAAUCAUCAGGACAUCGCCGGUACUUUUCCAGCAGGUGCACCAUUUUCUGCUGUCCACAUGAAGCAAUUCCCCCAAAUACAACACAUAACAUCUGCUACAGCAGUAUGA